AUGGGAAGGUUGAGGGCAGCAGAGUGUCUCUUGGUCGCCUUGCUGGCUGUCUCUUGUCUUCCAAUAUCGACAGUCGCUCUCUGUCUCAAUUAUCUGUAUCUGUUCCUUUUCGGUCGCAACUCCAUUCACAAACGACUCAGAAAUGUGACCGGCUUCAAGCCCAAGACCAUUCUGAUCACCGGAGUCAACACGCCCCAUGGGUUGAAAUUGGCAAGAGCUUUUCAUUACACUGGUCACAGAGUUGUGGGUGCGGAUUACGAGCCUGGGCCGCUCCCGCUUCAGGUUCGGUUUUCGAAUGCGUUGAGCCAAUUUCACAAAUUGCCAGGUGAGACGCCGGGAUCGCAGGAGGAUGGAUACGUGGCGCGUGUGGUGCACAUGGUCGAGCAUGAGGGUGCCGACUUGUGGAUCAACUGCUCAAACAGUGCAAUCCACGGCAUGGAGGCGCAAGCAAGCGAUGCGGUCGAACAGCAUACUAAGUGCCAAUGCUUCGCGCUGCGGACGAAAAACAUGCCGUACUUUGCCAGUCGAGAGGCAUUUCUCAAGUACUUGGCGAGUCAGGGACUGCCUGUUCCAGAGUCAUAUCAGGUCACUUCGCGAGCUGAGAUACACAAAGUGCUAAGUAAAGCACGAGGGAGCCGCAGAUACCUCCUCGAGAGCCUCGACCAAGAGGGAGUCAAUGCCAACAUAGCCAGGACGAUGCUUCCGAGCAGGACCAUCAGCCAGACGUAUGACACUGUCUCACGUAUAACCAUCGCCAAUACUACGCCCUGGAAACUGGAACAGGACAUCAACGGAUUGGAAAGAUACUCCACGUUUGCGAUUAUUGUCAAAGGCUCGGUAAGGGCUUUUGUCGCCAGCCGCUCUCUACGACCCGGCUGCUAUCAAGUGUUGGACUCGAAGUCCGCUCUGCAUCAUGCCAUGUUACGCUUCGUUCACACGUUUGCACGUAAACAAGGCCCUGAGUUCACCACUCAUCUCGGCUUCGAGUUCUGUGUCGAUGAGCAAGCUACUGAAUCGGGCGUGUUUCAAUCCAUCCUGCCGGUUCAAGUCUCCAUUGGCGCUAACGCCGCUAUGCAGCUGUUCUACGGAAUGGGUGGCUCAGUCCCAUUGGCCAGAGCCUAUCUAUCGCUCUUUGCUGCUGAGGAGGUCAACACCAAUGGAAGGAUCACGAGGCCAACGCCAGCUAUUAUACAACAAGAAGUGCUACCGGAUGACGUAGCAAUUCCCGAUACGGGGAUGCCUGGAAUCUAUGAUCUUGGUCAGGAUUUGCUCGACUUGUGCCUCGAGCCAUUGCGCGACUUCUUCAUGUUCAGGAGCAGCCUGAUCGAGUUGAUGAGACACAUAUUUGAGCUUCUUAGCCACUUGAUCCUCUGGAGAGAAAAUACAUACGACUUCCAGGACCCUUUGCCUUUCUGGGUGUCCUACCAAGUAUAUGUUCCGCUGCGCCUCAUCAGAAGUACCCUAUUUCCAGACAACAAGCAGCCCGGUUGA